AGGAAGGAAGGAAGGGAAAAGGGGGGAAGAAGGAAAGAAGGGAGGAAGGAGAAAGGGAUGGAGAGAGAAUGAGAAGAAAAUCGGUAAAUUAGUACGUAGACAAUUUUGCCUAGUGAGUCAUAUUUAAUUCUAUGUUUAUAAUGCUCAUGAUUCAAAAGACAGUAAUUCUGGGUCAAGAUCCAAAGAGAGAUGAUGCUUUUGUUAAAAUUUGCUAUAAAGAAAGAGAAUAAAUGGUUACACGCAUAGUAAGGAUUGAGAAGCCCCAGAUGUCCAGAUUCCUACCAGAUUGUUCCUGCCAUAUAACACUUUAUUUAUAUUUAUUUAUACACCUUGUCACUCUGGAAUGAAGAUGUUGGUGACAGUAAAGAAAUAGAAACCCUAAGUAUUUGUCCAGUCACUCUAAGGUAAAACGUGUGCAGUUAAAAGGACAGCCAUGAAAUGAGUGUUACGUGAUCAAAUAAAUUGGGUAAAUGCUAGUGUUAACAAAGGAGAACGUGUGAGUCCUCUGUGUGAGUUUGUGUGUUAUAAACCAGCAGAAGAGAAUCUGGGAUAAGCUGUAAACAUUUUUGGCAAUGGAAUCCUUUUUUUUUUCCCUGGGCAUGGUUGAUUGCAAAACAGAGCACUAAGCCAUGUUUAAUCAAGUUUAAUUGGAUUAUCAACUUUGAACCAGAGUAGAGCCCUUCUCAGGCUCUGGGAGAGACAAUAGGCACCAUUCUUUAUUGAGCAAAGGGCUUUAUGAGGUUCUUCAGAUACGACUCCUAUGGGGAAGGAGGCAUCCAGUAGGGCUGCUCUUUUGUAAUGUAUCCAGUGCAAGGGCUCGCAAAAGAAAAGUGAAAUAUAUCAUCACACAAAAGAUAGUAAAGGAAGAGUAUGGACAAAUCACUCUAAAAUUUCAAAGGAGGGAAAAUUCAUGUCCCCUUCUACGGAAAAUAUGUAAAGUUUUUAAUGAAAGGCUAGGUAGCAGCGAUGGCCCAUCCGAGGUAUGAUGAGGAGGUGGUCAGCAUCCAGGGUUGGGAAGAAACGUUUCCAUGAAGGAGGACUGGCAUCAGCAGAGGUGUGAUUGAGGGUUGGGGGAGGGGGCUCAGCCACUAGCAGGAGAGGAAGGAGAAAGUUUGGUUUCCUGACUAUCAGUCGUAUGGGCUACCCACACGGACAGUAGUGCGGAGAAAUAACUGAUGUUGUAGAGGUGACAGCAGACCACAGAGGCUGGGAGAAGAUAAGAGAGUCUGAGACGGCAGUCAUGAAUGGAAAGAGACAGGAUUCAGUGCUCUAGGCAUCUAGAGCAAGGUGGAGGACUCUACAGGAAGAACGCCUAAGGAAAACUGAAGGCUCAUUUCACCUACCUCAUACUUUGGCUAAGGAAAGGAUCUAAUCAAAUAUAUUUGGAUCUGGGUUUUGUGUCUCCACUUGCCAAUAGAGAGAGCCAAAGAGAAUUGAGGUUCUUCUUGAAGAUGUGUGUGUUAUUCCCCAAAGAAUCUUUUAGGAAAAGCAAAUAGCCUGAGAAAUAUUUGUUCAUUAGAUGUAUUCUGGCAGCUGCCAGAAAAGUCCAGAAGGUACCAAGUACACGCACAUACGCAUAACACACUUGAUUCUUGAAACAAGUAUUCUUGUGACUUAACUCUUUUGUUUCUGCCGUUCUGAAGUACCUCUUACUUUCUCCAGUAAGCAUACUGAGAAAAAUCAGCCAAACUUAAUCCACAAAUUCUAAGACAGUGGUAGAGUCUGGCCUCAAAAAUUCAUAGAGAAACCGUUAGUUGUUUAAUCCAGUUUACAGCUAUCAAUAGGACAGAUAAUUUUUUUAACACUCUCAGGUUUAUUGCUAUAAAGAAGGUAAGUGCCCUCUAGUAUCUUGCUUCAUUCAAGAACUUGUCAUCUGCGGGUCUAACAAGCUGUAUGGCACACUCUUCUGAAAUCUAUUGCUGAUACAUUCCACAUGUAACACCGUUACCUCUAAGAAAACCCUUCCUGCUGAAUCGGAUGGGUUCACAGAGGCGUAAACAGCAAAAAAACCUCUUUUAAAAACUGCUGAUGUGUGUCUCCUUUGUCCCCUCAUGCUCGAGAGGUUUUCCUCUUUCUCCAGAUAGAAAACUAUACGUCUGUGGUGAGAAGUAGGGUUUGCCUAAGGCAGAGUGGCUUGUACAGGAGCAAGCGUAUUGCCCUUAAAGUCAGCAUCACUUUUUGGCUAAAGACACUGUCCACAGCCUCACGCCCACCUUGGCUCUCUGAAUAGCACAUGGGUUCACUUAGGACAACACGUCAUCCAAACCCAGCAGCCAUGUUCCCUUUGCUUCCAAAUGUACUUUGCAAACAGCAGGGCACAUCACAGGCAUGCAUACAGCCAGGAGCAGAGUCAAAGAGACCUCACAUAGUGGAGGCAGUGGUUGGGUCACGGAAGAAAUGUAGCAAACUAUAAAGCACAUACUUUCUUACCAUUUCCCUACUGGAGCCAAAGCGGACAACCUAAACAUGGUUAAGUUUCAUGUAAGCCUGAGACUCUGGGAGUCAAAACAUGAGAAGAAACAAGAUCCUGCGUAUCGCAUGUGAGGCUCUGUAGGCAGAACCAAGUCAACUGGGUCAGCUCAGCAAUUUUCAGAGAGAAAUAUUAAGUAACAUCUCCCUGCAGGGGACUUUUUUCGUGUGCUCCAAAUCAUGGACUGUGACCCUGAAAUUCUGGCAGCCCGUCUCCAAAGAGUAGUUCCUCUUAAACUGUUAUUUCUGACUCUGUGUGGAAAGACAUCAAUUGCUCUCCAUACCCAAAGUUGGCAUCCUAACCGCUUUAAUGAGGGUAGAUCCAUUUGUUGCAGUCAAGCACCCUAAAUGAGUGUGUGUGUGUGUGUGUGUGUGGUACAAAAGGUUUGGCAGAGGGCUACACUCUUCCUGUGUGUUCAUGUGUCAUUUUCAGAGUGGUUUCUGAGCACGGCCCGGAGCCCUGGUUUCAGAUACCCGUCAGCAACCUCAGGGUCAUUAAUAAUGGAUGGCUCUCCCAGGAGCAGCCCUUGCCUACCUUUGUUUUCCACCACAGCUGAAGAGAGACAUGGAUCUCUCGGUUUUGCCAAAUAACAACCAUCCUGACAAAUUCCUGCAGCUUGAUGUGAAGUCUUUAAGGAGGAACUCAGCCCUUCUUCAGGCCAGCCUGGGGAGGUUUCCAGGAGGAAAUUACCCUGCUGCCCAGCACUGGCAAAACCUCGUCUACUCCCAGAGGGAGAAGAAGACUCUCACUGCUCAACGAGGGAGGGGAUGCAGCGCCGAGGGUUCCGUGGCCACAGAGAGGCCCCCACCAUCCCUGUCAUCAGUUCUGAAGAAUAACCCACUGUACGGUGAUGUCAGCUUGGAGGAAGCUAUGGAAGAAAGAAAAAAGAAUCCUUCCUGGACCGUGGAGGAGUAUGACAAGCAUUCUCUGCAUGCAAACCUCUCUGGGCAUCUGAAGGAAAACCCUCAUGACCUACGGUUUUGGUUGGGAGACAUGUACACACCAGGUUUUGACACCUUAUUGAAAAAGGAAGAGGAACAAGAGAAGCAUUCAAAAUACCGUCGCAUAGGUCUGAUUUUGCUCCUUGCUGCCUGCAUCUUGGUUUCCAUAGUGACUGUUAGCGCUUUAUUCACAUAAAGAAACUACCAUAGACACAGCCACUUUAAAUUUCUUUAAAAUAUUUCUCAAUAAACGUUUUCAGAAAAACA